CCCCGGACCUGGAUUGACGUUGCACACGAAACAGGCAUGGCGUCCUUCAACCACAGACGUUCGUAACAGACCUUCAUCUGUAUUUAUUUGAGAUAUUUUUUAUGUGUCUGGUGAAAUAUUUAUGACCAUGGCGACCAGGAGCGUAUGUCAAGUCUUCCAGCGGCGUUUUGCGUCGGCCGCAGCGUCUUUGCGUCCGUUGCCUGCUGAGGUUCGCAGUCAGCGCAACGCCGUUUUCUCCAGAGAGCAGGCCAGACAGAGAGCUCUGUACCCUCGUAUCGAGAAGAUAGAAGUGUCCAUGCAUGGCCCGGGCCUGGACGGCACACUGCUCAUCAUGAACAGAGGGAUGUCCACUCCACUCAGCUGUGCUAGACAUCUGACAGAACAUCAUGUGAAGAACUCCGCUCUGGCCCUGGUGGAUGGAGAACCGUGGCCUCUCCACCAGCCCCUCACCAGCUCCUGUUCCCUCACUCUGCUCACAUUUAAAGACAGCGACCCAACCCUGGUCAAUCAGGCCUACUGGCGUUCCUGUGCCGCCCUGCUGGGUCAGGUCAUAGAAACUGCAUUCAAGGAUGAAUAUACUGUGGAGCUGCUCAGCACGCCAGAAGUGGCGGUCACGUCGGGAGCUUUCUGCUGUGAUGUGGUGCUCGACCCCCAGCUGGACUCAUGGACUCCGUCUGAGGAGUCUCUGCGCUCUCUGACCAGAGGGGCCCAGCAGCUGAUCCACCAGGACCAGGCCUGGGAGCCUCUAGAAGUGGUGCCCUCUGUGGCGCUGGAGGUUUUCUCACACAGCAGGUGUAAACAGGAAGAGGUGGAACAGAAAGCUUCACAAAAUCCCAAAGGCACAGUGAUGCUCUACAGAUGUGGUGACCAUGUGCUGCUGAGUGGGGGCCCCCUGGUGGCCAGGACAGGCCUGUGCUCCCAGUACGAGGUGACGGCCCUCCAUAACCUGGGUCAGGGCUCCUGGGGCGUCCAGCGCCGAGCACAGGGCCUCUCUCUGCCUCUGCAGCUGCAGGCUCAUCACACAGUCUGGAGGAAACUGAGGCAGCGGGCAGAGAAACUGGUGGAUGCACCAGGAUUUGAAGAGGUGACACCAGCUUCUCCAGCUCAGCAGCCUCCAACCAGCCAGUAACCUCCUCUGUAACCUCCCACACACACAUAGACAUACUUCUGACAUGUUUCCCACUGUGUCAUUUGUUCAAUAAAUGUGUAAAAACACA